ACCGUUUCGGCAUAGGCGUAAACAAACGCGCGCAUUUUUUUGUUCUCACGAGGCAUCGUCCCCGGUUAUAAGAAACGGUCCCGUACCUCGUGGGCGUGGUCGUGACAGUGACGCAAACGGUGCUCACGUGGGUGCAGGUGUGUUGUGCGCGGUUUGAUAUGUUGAAUGUACGGGGUGCGAGGCCAACGACAGAGGUUGGCACAGACUGAUUUCGCCAUCAGACUGCCGCCAAGAGGGGAGGUCUGUCUCGCGUGUCAAUACACAUCAAUGGUUCAGUUGGGAUGCCGACCAUGGAACCUCAGUUUGACCAGCGUGGUUAUCCUGGCGCUUUCGAACAUGUUGCUGACAUUCCUGCUACUGCAGUCGGAGACCUGCAUCCCAGACGACGUGCCCAGAGAUUUGGAAGCCAUAAACGCUAUAACAGAGUGGAGCCUCGGUACCUUGAUCAAGGAACAGCAACAGCAGUCAGACUGCAUCACGCAAGAUUAUCAGCCACUGGUAGUUGACGCGAGCAGUUUGAAGCUGAACAUAAAGCUGGGUAGAUGGGACGCCCGUAGAUUGUUUCGUACCUUCGAUCACGUUUUGGUGGGCAGUAAUUUUCUCGAGUUGUCGCAAACGUAUCGCGUAUGCUUGGCCACGCAGAGCUCGGUGGAGAAGUUGCACUCAGUUGUUCAAGCAGCUCAUCAUUGGACAGGGCCCAUGUCGGUGGCUCUCUACGUGGCUGGCGACGAAGAGUUCGAGGUUCUUCAGAAGUACCUGGUGUACCUUAGAAAAUGCUACGAACCGAUUAGGGAAAGAAUCACCUUCUCCUUGGCCGUGCCAAGGGUCAGACCGCCAAAGAAGCAGCCGCGCGACUACGAGCUGCCAGAAGCGGUGGAUUGUGCCAAACCGGAAGCAACGUUGAACGAGCUGAUGAACGGAAUUUCGAACGAGCAGAUGAACUGGCGGAUACGCAACGUCUAUCCACAGAAUCAUAUGAGAAAUCUAGCCAGAAAGAACUGUCAGUCCGAUUACGUGUUCCUGACGGACGUCGACAUUGUGCCGAGCUUCAACUUGACGGGAGCGCUGGACGAGUUCCUCAGGACCGAUAGCUGUGAUAAGUGCGCCUACGUGAUACCGACGUACGAGCUGGACUCGCGCGUGAGAUUUCCUCAGAAUAAAACGGAGCUGGUCAGGCUGGCGAGGAAAGGGCUGGCUAGACCUUUUCACCAGAAGGUCUUCAUCCACAAUCAGUUUGCCACCAAUUUUACCAGGUGGACACUGGACGCUUCCCCGAACCAUAGAUAUUUUGGAAACGUGAAGAGUGGCAAGGUUUACAUCAGUCACGACGUGACGAAUUUUGAAUUCCUUUACGAACCUUUUUACGUCGCGAGAGAUAUCGUUCCACCUCACGACGAAAGGUUCAUGGGCUACGGGUACACCAGGAACACCCAGGUGUACGAGAUGUUCGUUGCUGGGUAUCAAUUUAAGGUUCUCUCGCCAGUGUUCACCGGACACUGGGGUCUGCAGACCAGAAAGAGCAGACCAGCGUGGCGCGAGCGACAGAACAGUGCCAACAGAAAGCAUUUCGAGACGUUCAAGAAGGAGGUUUUCGCUCGUUACAUGCGGGAUCCCCUGAAAAUGAUCAAGAACGUCAAGUGACGAAAGUUUCGUUGGAGAUUUCGUUAAUCGAACGCAAGAUCCUAUUCGCCGUCCUUUUUAUUCGGUUGCAACGCAUGAACCUAACCAGUAGACGCGACCAUCGCUUUUCGUUUACAGAGAAGUCUGUAGGUUGUAAUGUUUUACCUGACAUGGUGCCGUGAUAUUACAGCGAGAUCUUUGAAAUGAAUUUUUUCUACGUAACAGAAGACGAAAGCUCAAGGGUCGAAAAGUUUACAUAUAACACUCGAUUGUUGGAGAACGAUAGAUUGGUUGAAACCGAUUAAGCGUUUGCCUGGUUGUUGUUUAACUGUGACGAUUGUUACUGAACUUGAAUUUUCGGGGUGUUUUUCUUAACUUGGAGGCAUGCAGAGAUCAGGUAGGUAAUCUUCGAGCAAGUCUGAAGGGUGGAAUGAUAGAUCAGAAACAUACAAAUCGCAAAGUUGCAUUUAAAAUUCUAAAUCUACGGUCUAGUCGGUAUCUGUUUUUUCAAACAGUGUCGUAAUCGUUCAGGUUGAAGCUUAACCUCGUAGCGUAUCGGAAACUCUAUACUCGUUGGAGGUCUAAUAGGUAUCGAUUGAUUGUUCUAUUUUUCACCGUAAUCAAGACCAGAUCGUUUUCUAUAUAUUUUGUAUUCUGUACUGUAUCGCGAAGCGCACUCGGAAACCUCGAACAAUCAAUGAACGUAUCAUAUCACUACCUAGUUCGUGUUACAUUGUCUAUCACCUCUUUGCGACGAGAAUUGAAACAUGUGGCAGGAUUAUAUUCGCAAUAAGUAGGACACAUGAUCUUAAACUAUGAAAUUCGUACGACUCUACUCAGUUACCCUAUAUGCCGCGAGUGAAUUACACGAUGGGUCAUCCCUUUUGAUACUCACUGUACUGUAACAUAGAUUAGCAUCACUAAACGCGACAUUCGAGCCCUCGAGUUCUGUUCAUAGCGAACGAUGUCCUAAGUCCUUUCGUGUUCACGAUUCCAAGUGAUUUAGUCCAGGUAUAGGAUACUCACAAGCAAUGUUUUUAUAUACAACGUCUAGAAAGACCAAAAAUAAUUGAUUUAAA